UUUGCCAAUUUCGAUCUCUAAGCCUUCAGGAGUGGAUCGACUAUUUCUCUCUACGCGAUAUUUUUACCGAUAUGGCUCUGGCGUUCCAACGCAACCAACUUGGAAUGAAAGUGACUGGAACAAAUGUGACAGUUCCGAAUAACCCAAAGGCGAAAUUGAUGUAUUAUUUGAAUUGCAUGGCGACGGUUUUACAGCUGGACGAGUUGCCUCGAGAAUUCACAAACUACCAGAAUUACUAUGCAUUGGACGACACAAUGGUGAGACAUCUGGUCGACCUUUGCAAAAUAGUGUCGCCAGAUGCACUCGAGGGGAAGUGUAUUUUCCAAGUGAGUGAUCUUCAAGGAUCGUCAAACGAGUUUGUUGAGCUGUCGUCGGCGAAGACAACAAUGGUUGCCACGUCUAGCGUCAUGAUGGCGGGACGGAAUGUCCAGGUUGCAAAGAUUAUGUUGUACAAGCCAGUUUGGCGUCGUACUAACUAUGAUCAGCCAAUGGCGGAGCUUUCUCGUCAGAUUUCACGUCCGGCCAUUACAUCCAGUCGUUCAACCAGAAGACGAAGCAGCAGCUGUAUUCUGCUGUAAACCCAGCGAUAUCCAUUCCUAUUUUUGAUGAAUUUGAUCACCCGUGAAAUUUGAAAUUAAUGAAAAUACUUCAAUUUUAUAACACAUCUUGUAAUCUAGACAUCCUUAAAGGUCUCUUCUCAUUCAAUUCACUUCUGACGUAUGAAAUAUAAUCGGUUAUUGAUAAAUCUGUAGUGCAUUGGCCUCAGUGGAUUUGCUGCUCAUAUACAUUACAAGACAACAGACUAUAAAACAUCCGUCAGAAGUGAAUUGGAUCCAAC